CACUGACGGGGGCUCCGGCGGGCGGCGGGGCGCCGCCUCUCCCCGGGAAGGGGAGCAAGUUGACAGAUGAGCGCGAGGGGGUCCCUAAUCGGCCUCACCUUUUGUACCUGCUACCUGGCUUCUUACCUAAUGAACAAGUAUGUCCUGUCUGUCCUGAAAUUUACUUAUCCUACAUUAUUUCAAGGGUGGCAGACAUUCAUUGGUGGACUUCUGCUCCAUGUGUCGUGGAAGCUGGGCUGGGUGGAGAUCAACAGCAGUUCAAGAUUUGAUGUUCUGACCUGGCUUCCUGCUUCAGUUCUGUUUGUGGGGAUAAUCUAUGCUGGGUCCAGAGCCUUGUCCAGAUUGGCCAUUCCUGUGUUUCUCAUUUUGCAUAAUGUAGCUGAAGUUAUCAUCUGUGGCUACCAGAAGUGUUUUUGGAAAGAGAAAACAUCUCCUGCAAAGAUCUGUAGUGCCCUCUUUCUCCUGGCCGCUGCAGGGUGCCUUCCCUUCAGUGACUCCCAGUUUGAUCCAGAUGGGUAUUUUUGGGCUGUAAUUCACUUACUCUGUGUAGGUGCUUAUAAAAUAUUACGGAAGUCCCAGAAGCCCAGGGCAUUAAGUGACAUUGACCAGCAGUACUUAAACUAUAUAUUCAGUGUGGCGUUUCUGGCGUUUGCAGCUCAUCCUACAGGUGACCUGUUCAGCGUCCUGGACUUCCCGUUCCUGUAUUUCUACAGAUUCCAUGGCAGCUGCUGUGCCAGUGGAUUUUUAGGAUUCUUUCUCAUGCUCACUACAGUGAAGCUAAAGAACCUUCUGGCCCCAGGACAGUGUGCAGCCUGGAUUUUCUUUGCUAAGGUGACCACAGCUGGGCUAUCAGUAUUGCUGUUUGAUGUGACGCUGACCAGUCCAACUGUGGGAUGCCUCCUGCUUGGUGGACUUGGAGAGGCCCUGCUUGUUUUCUCAGAGCGGAAAGUUUCCUGAUAAAGAUGGGCAGAAAAAGGAGAGCCACAGUUUACCAGCUGGAAAACACAGUGCCCUGACCUCGUAGCAUCCCGUUGAGAGUGUCAGAAAGAAGAACUCAAGGACCGUGACACCACACUGGGGCUCCAGGUGGGCAGAGCCCUGACCAAGCUGAAUGUUUGGGUGGUGCAUAAUGCAGAGGCCCCACCACUUCUCAUUGCCUCACAGAGAACUUUCUAGAGCCCUCCAGCCUGCAGCAGAGAAAUGGUCUUUCUUUUGUCUUUCCAUUUUGAGAAUCCCUCUUGACUGUGCUGUAUCCAGUUCUGCAGAAACAGGAGAUAUGGGAUUUCACCAUGACGGCUCCACUCGCCUUGGUUGACUUUCAGGCCACUGUAUACGAAGCAUCCUCCAUCAAACACUGCUUUCAGUUUGAGGUCGUGGGCCCAUGGCGUUUUGUGGUACUUUGUUUGUUCUUUUGUGUUUUUACAUCCUGGGAACGUCCAUUCUUUGUUCUCACACUGGAGCGCACACCCACUGGCGUAGCAGUGGAGAGAGACAUGCUCCUAAGGGCCUCCACCUGGGGCAGGGAAGAUGCGUGGGUUGACUGGGGUCAGGCCAAGUACGAAGCCAGAAAGGACACUUUAAACUCUGGAGUGAGUGAUGACCUUUUGUGGUUGAUGUUUCUAUUUAUUUCCUGCUUCUAACCUGCUCUUGAUUCUUGUAAACUCAUCGAGCUGUAUGCCGUGUUGAUUUCUGCAUACUCUUUUCUGCCCACCAUUAGGUUAAGCUGAUAACUAAAUGAUUAGCAGAGGGAAUGGGGUUUAUAAGUACUGUUUCACUCACUUUCCUGGCGAGUGAAACAAACGAACAAUAUAUAACACAUGGACAUGCACACACAUUUUCAAGUCAUCGAACACUGGAGUAUGUUUUUCAGACUAGAUUAAAAAUUGUAUUCAAUCCCCACACCCUGCCUCUAGAAAAGAAACAAAUUUACAUGAAAUGACCACUUGAUGCUGAACCCACCAAAAAGAUUUGGGAAAAUAAUGACUCACUCUAAAAAUUUCUGCUCAUAAUAUGUUUUCAAAAUACUUUGUUAGAGGAUUUUGGUCAUUUGGAGGUGACCAGUGAGUCUUUUCCAGCAGGAGGGCAGUCCAGUGGUAUUGGAUACCCACAUUAUUAAUGGAGAACUGUGCCCUUUGUGACACCGGGGAGCUAUGCCUCGUUCAAGCUUGGCCCUGUGAAGAAUGAAGUCAGCUCCAUCAGUGGCCAUUAUUUCUGCAUGUUUUCUCCAAUUUUUUAGAAGAAGAAAAAGAAAAUGAAACAAAUAGGAAUGGAUUUGUGUAUUUGGAAUUUGAGUACCUUAGAUUCAGUUCCUUAUCUUUUUCUGGUCUUUGCUUAUCAUUUAAGGUUAAAAUAUUCAGAAUGACCUUUACAUAUAUUGGUUUGCAACUUGCUUUUGUUCUUCAUCUGGGAUGUCAAACUUUCUACAGACUGAGACUCACAUAAGAAAUCUGGGUGUAGAAUUUUCCUUAUUCUUUGGCUCCUACAAGACUCUAUACCAUUGAGACCAGCUCUUUUCUACUGUGGAAAGUGGUAUCUAUCCAAAUGUCAUCUUAUGUCUGUUUUUUCAAGUGCCAUUUAAACAAAUGGAGAUUCUUCAGGCAGGAAAGAACCACACAAUUAUCAAGUCCAGCCCCAUUUCCAAAAGGACUGACCUCAAAAUUUUUUCUGAAAAGUUUUAGACUCUUUGUUUUAAGGAUCUCUAGCAAGGGUGUUUUUGGUUUUUUAUUGUUUUGUUUUAAUUUAUUUUCUAUAUUCCAGGGUCUUGUUGUUUUUAAAACCUUAGGUCUUUUCUUUGACACCAGCAAGAGGCAGAGGACAAGGUGUUUUCUUCAGUAUGUCAUCCUGUCUCCUUGGUUUCCACCUGUUUUUUCUGGGCCUUUUUCUUCAAGCUGUAACUACCAUCUUUCACACCCUAGUCCACAUUCGCAGCUCUGAAUGCAGGGUGAGCCCAGCAGUCGGUGAGGUGGGGCAGCUUCUCUGCAGUGGCUCUCUGGGCCUUGGGCUCCCACGGGGAAUCUCCAGGUAACCCCACAUGUCCUCCUAUCCCAUUUAGGUCCUGAAUCUCUUAGUCCUUGCUGACCCCACAUCAAACCUGGAGUGUUAUUUUUUGUUUGUUUUUUGUUUUUUUUAAAUAAAGAAUCUGCUUUCUAUGUGAUUGUCUAUUAUUACUAAUCUGUUGUGGAGAUAAAGGAAAAUAAACCAUUUAUUUUUUU